AUGUUGGUCCAGCGUCGUUUGGUGCUCCUGGCGGGCGAAGCUCCCUGGGCCGAGCGCGUCACGUCCGCCGCCUUGGCCGCGUGGCAGACGCGCGGCCGAGCGCGGCUGUUGCGGGCAGACCUGCGGGAUCCUCCAGUGAAGGAGCUGGAUCUGGUGGUGCUGACGGCACAUCGCCGGCGAUUCCUGGAUACUUUUGGAGCUGUGUCUGGUGCCUUGAAGGGCGGCGGGGUGUUGCUGUUUCACACGCCACCAUUGGAUACUUGGAGGAAGGAACGGUUGGGUGCCAGGUGGUGCAAGCUCUUGGACAGCCUUUGCAACGACCCGCGGACUGCAGAACUGGUCACUGUGUGUAGGGAGGAGGAUGGUGAACCUCAAUUGCAAGGGCUUAUGGAUGCUGUGAAUUCGUUUCAAGCUGACAUUGACAGGAAUUCGAUGAUGCCAAAUCAGGAGCAAGCAGCCUUGCUUCAAACUAUUCUGAAAAUCAAGUCAUCCCGGCCUUUGUUGAUUUUUGGACGACGGGGGCGAGGCAAGUCUGCCCUGCUUGGAAUGGCUGCAGCAGUUCUUUUGCAAAAAGGCUGUCGAAUCAUCGUGACCUCACCCUCAAAGGAUGCAACUUCUCAAGUCUUUUGGGCUGCUGAGACCUUUCUGGGUGCCGGGCAGCUGAAACGGAUGGAGUUCAUAGAGCCCAAGCGGCUGCUGACACGACGACAUCUACUGAAGGAGUCCUUUCUCAUCAUUGACGAAGCGGCUGGCUUUCCCGUGAACUUCACCUCUGAGCUGCUGGAAGCUGCUGGUCGAGUUCUGUUGGCUACAACCUUGGAUGGCUACGAAGGCAGCGGCAACGGCUUCCUGGUCCGCGCCGUGCCGCGGCUGCGCCAGGCGCGACCCGGGCUGCAGAUGCAACAGCUGAGCUCGGCCUGGCGAUGGACCGAGGGAUGUCCCCUGGAGGCCCUCUCACGCUCAGCACUGCUGCUAGACGCAGCACCCGUGACAUUGGAGAUGGGGGAAAGAGAUCGUGUGGCACAACAUGCGCAAGUGGAAAAGGUGGACCGUCAGAGAUUCACAGAUGAAGAACUGAAAGAGUUGUAUGGCCUGCUGCGAAUUGGCCACUACAAGACCAAGCCUUCUGAUCUUGAGACCUUUCUGGAUGCUAAAGGCAUCAUUUGGUUAAGCUUGAAACAUGAGAAUAAACAUGUUGGAAUUACCAUCUCCGGCAUUGAAGAGCCAGUGGAAGAUGUUGAGAAAGCGCACGGACUCUGGUUGGGAAGAUGUCAAGUGCCUCAAAAUCUCACUGCCCAGACUUUAUCUCGUGAUGCUGGCUCCUUAGAGGCCUCCCAACUUCGCUACUGUCGCAUGAUGCGUUGGCGCCUGCACCCAGCAUUGCGGGGCUAUGGCCUUGGGGAACGCCUAUUGGAACAGAGCCUGGUGCACCUGAAAUCCCAAGAGGUGGAUGCUGUGGCGGCCCAUUUCGGUGCCACCUCUUGGCUCAUGAAGCUCUGGCUGCGGCAGGGUGCCCAGAUCGUCUUCGUGAGCCACGGCUGCGAUCCCAGCAGUGGGCAGCACAGCAUCAGCGUGCUGAUCCCCAGGACCGAAGCUGCCAGGCAGCUGGUGAAGUGCUUACAGAAGCAACUGGCAAUGCAGAUCUUUGAGUUGUUGGCUGGGCCCCUGGCAGAUAUGGAGAAAGAUGCGGUAAAGGAGCUCCUCAAGGCCCUCCCCAUCCCUCUGACCAGCAGCAGCGAUCCCUGGAGUUUUGCCUUUGGAGCCCGACGCCUGUCCCACUGCAAAGCCGCUCUGCGGCGCCUCGUGGCCCGAGCCCUGCAGUGCGAUCGCACCCGGCAGCUGCCAUCGAAGGAGGAACAGCUGCUGCUGAGUUUGCUACAGGAGAAGCCCCUGAUCGAAAAUCACCUGCGGAAGGCGAGAGCCUUGACCUCGCAUCUUCCAACAACGCUGUCCUGCAUGAACCUCUCAUUGAGGCAUUGUAGCCUGGGCCGUGACGGUGAACAAGCCUUGCGGCCUCUGGCGAGAAGGUGGAAUGCAGUCCCACACAGCUGGGUGAGAAUUUACGAGAAGACAGCCGUCAGUGUGGUCUCUGCCUCAAUCGGUGGAAGGGCCUUCGACAUUGCAGUGAGUGGGAUCUUUGGGACCGACUCUGAAAAGGGGCGGAUUCCCAAGAGGAAGAUGUGUAAAGCUUCCAAGGUGGCUUUCUCGAACUCGGGAGCACACAAGAAGAUCAGCAAAAUGAUGCUGAACUUUAGGCCCGGUGCUGUGGGCUCUACCAGCUCGCCUUGGUCCUUUCUGGAUUUGACGUCACCCAUCAGGUCGCAGAUUCUCUUCAACCUGGUUGGUGACUUGCUAUGCUACAGUGGUGCGAAUGAGGUGAACAUCCAGUUGAGCAUUGUCCGUUCGACCUGUCGAGAACUCCGGGACCAGAUCGACGAAGAGUGCUUGACCUUCAACUACGACGACAAUUGCGGACUGGGUGGAAACGCACGUGAUCGAGAUGAGAUCAUUCUGCUCAACGACUGGAUCAAGCGACACCCGCGGCUGAAAUACUUCGAGUGCAUGAUUCGGAAUGCAGCGAAAUUCCGCGUGAUGUUGGAGGAGCUGCAACUUCCGGCCAAUACUCGCUGCAGCUUUGUCUUCGAGUUCAAGGUGAGUUCACAUGAAGUCGAGCAGCUGCUUCGGCGCUUCUGCGUGCGAAAAUUGUCGGUGAUGCCGGAGGAAGAGAAGGAAGUUUCAGGGGGCUAUCCGAAUCGGCCUUUGACUUGGAAGGUGACUCCAAGCCUGCAAGUUCUCUGCCUCAGAAGUUGUUCGGAAGAGAUCGUGAAGUCGUUCUUCUCCGUGAGCCCGAAGCUUCGCAGGCUUCAAGUGGUUGAUAGCAAGAUACAGAGCAUCCCCAGCAACAUUUCACAAAAUCUGACCAGUCUCAGCCUGACGGGAAUCACGAACUUGCCGGAUGAGCAAUUAUCAAAACUCCUGAUGGCGUGUCAGAAUCUCCGGUCCCUGUACAUUGCAAAGUGUCACAUUUCGCAUAUUUCUUUCGCCUUGCCGCAGUUAGAACUGCUUUCCGUUACCCACUGUCGGCAGCUAACGGACCAGUGUGCUACUGAAAUCCUUUCUCCGGCCAACAAUCCCUGUUUAAGAUUCGUUGAUCUGUCGGAGUGCAGAAGCCUCACUGCUCCUACUGUAGAGCAUCCUGAACUGGAAGUGGCAUGGCUCAUGAAUUGCCCACAGCUCACCGGACAGGUGGGCAGAUCAGCUGCCAGAGACACCACGAUUUUUUUUUCUGGAUUUUGGAUGUUCCCAACUGUUGGAAUACGAUGUGGUGACUCUUGUCUGGGAGAUCAUUGA